CCACAUUCCCUCCCUCCCUCUCUCUCUCUCCCUCCCUCACUCUCUCUCUCUCCUCCCAUCUCUUGCCUGUGUACACCGUGCUGCUUUACACUGAGCACAAGGAAUACAGAUGUAAGUUUAAUCCAGGCAACGGUCAGAGCUAGAAAGUGAAUAUGAGGUUGCCCUUUUGCUAACAUGCGGUAGUAUUCAGUAGAAUAUUCAGUAGCCAGCGCAGCUGUCAAGGCGGAUUCAGAAGGGGAAAUGAAAACCUCCUGGAACUGUGUGUUCGUGUUUUAUUCUUUCCCUCUCUUUGUGUGGAUCUAUGCUUUUCCACUCUUAAAGCUUGGCAGCAAGAGGUGUUAUCUCUAACACUGAGCUCAGCUUUAAAAGGAAAUUGCGAGACUCUAAAUCUGCCUGUCAGCCUCUGAUGAGUUUCUGAUUAAAUGAUAAAGCCAGAGGAGGACACCCAGAUGAAUCAAGGAAAAAAUUGCAAAGGGGAUUUCAUAAAAGCUCUGCUGUUUUGGACUCUGAUUUUUUAAAAGAUUUUGAUUUUUUUUGGCUUUUAUUUAUAGCUUUGUACUGGACCUGCAUCCGAAGUCUGCAGUGAUUGCACAUUUGUUUCCCACGCCAGCUGAGGCACAGAUGGUGUAAUGUUGUGCUUAGACUUGGACUUCCUUUGAGAGGAUUUCGUUUCCACCUGAUCAGCGGUCUUUCACUGUUUGAAUACAUUCUGAGCUGCCCUCCCACCUCUCUGCCCUUCUGUUUUACUGAACACUGUUAGCUGGUCAGUCACUUUAGCAUCUGGGCAGUGAUUUCUAAUGGAGGCGCAGUGUGUGUGAGGCUCAAUUCAGAGUACUUGCGUCUUACAGACUGAACUGUCACACACUUUUCAGAGGAACCUCAGACUUUCCACCUAUGCAAAUCUGAUUAAGUCAGAAGAAAGUUUUAGAGUAUCUGCAAUUGGGACAGCCUACCAAAAGCCGGGAUGCAGGUGUCGUUAGUGUGCACGGACCAUCGUGGGGGGGUGAGCCGCAAUACAGAGGACCGCCUAAACCGACAGAAUGCCAACAGCCCUAACACAGGGACUCGCAGCAAGUUCAGAGCAGUGGCGAUGGUGGCUCGCAGUCUGGGACAGCUCUCUGUACAGAGUGUGCCUUCCUCCAGCGAGCAAAGCAUGAAGACUGGCAUGAAAUAUAGAAACCUUGGGAAGUCAGGCCUGCGGGUGUCCUGCCUUGGAUUAGGAACAUGGGUGACGUUCGGCGGACAGAUAACGGAUGAGAUGGCAGAGCAGCUGAUGACUCUGGCCUAUGAAAACGGCAUCAAUCUCUUUGACACAGCGGAGGUCUAUGCUGCUGGAAAGGCAGAGGUGGUGCUUGGAAACAUCAUAAAGAAGAAAGGAUGGAGGCGCUCAAGUCUGGUGAUAACAACAAAGAUCUUCUGGGGUGGAAAAGCGGAGACUGAAAGAGGUUUAUCCCGAAAACACAUUAUAGAAGGUUUAAAGGCUUCUCUAGAAAGACUGCAGUUAGACUAUGUGGAUGUGGUUUUUGCAAACAGACCGGACCCUAAUACACCAAUGGAAGAAACGGUCCGAGCAAUGACCCAUGUGAUAAAUCAGGGCAUGGCCAUGUACUGGGGAACAUCCCGCUGGAGCCCAAUGGAGAUCAUGGAAGCAUACUCUGUGGCGCGACAGUUCAACCAGAUACCUCCCAUCUGUGAGCAGGCUGAGUACCACAUGUUCCAGAGGGAGAAGGUGGAGGUGCAGCUGCCUGAGCUCUUCCAUAAGAUAGGGGUGGGGGCCAUGACGUGGUCGCCACUGGCCUGUGGGAUCAUCUCAGGGAAAUAUGACGGCAGGGUGCCUCCCUACUCUCGGGCCUCUCUGAAGGGGUACCAGUGGUUGAAGGACAAGAUCUUGAGCGAGGAGGGCCGGCGUCAGCAGGCGAAGUUGAAAGAGCUGCAGGCAAUCGCGGAGCGGCUGGGCUGCACUCUGCCCCAACUCGCCAUCGCGUGGUGCCUAAGGAACGAGGGGGUGAGCUCUGUCCUUUUAGGAGCGUCCAACACCGACCAGCUGAUGGAGAACAUAGGAGCAAUACAGGUUCUUCCAAAGUUGUCGUCGUCCAUCACACACGAGGUGGACAGCAUCCUGGGCAACAAGCCGUACAGUAAAAAGGACUACCGCUCCUAACGGCCACCCGCCAGGGCUGCACCCGGCCUGCAGCCACAGCGCCCCACCUUUGCCUGAUCCUCUGUUUGCUUGAGCUUUUACUGAGUGAGACCCUGGCGCAUGAGUCUGGCCACACCAAGGCCACCCAGGGCACCUCAUUUAGAGUCACAGGGAUAAGAUAAGAAAAGGGGGAAAAAAUACAGUCACCUCCACGGGAAAGGAAGGGAUUGACAAAGAAAAGACAUAACUGGAAAAGAGGUUAGGGAUAUGCGCUCAUAUUUAAAUCAGUUAUACAUUCAAUUCAGCUGAACGUAUUUUAAAACCGUAGACAAAAAAAAAAUGUCUUUUUGAAAAAAAAUAAGCACACGCUUGCUUGGCAGCCAGAUUUUCUUUUUGGGAUUUCUUUUAUAUUCUUUUUUUUUUUUUUUUCUUAAACUGAAUGCAACUAAAAGGAAGAUUAAGUUCAUACAUUAUGAAUAUACAACAAUUACUCUGUUGCACAUGUACCAUAGCCAUGCAUUUGUUCCUUGGAUGUUCUGUUUAUGAACAUGUGUGUACUGUACCGAGUCUGUCAAGAUUUCUCUGAAGAGCUGUGUUUGUGGUGUCGACAUUAUCACUGUACGAGCCUUCUCGCGGGCUUUAACAGUCAGCACUUUAGUACUGUCAGCAUAGGUGUUGGAGGGUAGUUUUGGGGGGAGAGGAUGGGUGUUUCAGUAGUCUUAUCUCACAGCCAAUGCACUAUAGAAUCAUAUCACCUCCUGAUAACUCCCUCUCUCCAUCCUCAGUCUGUGUCUUCAUUGGCAGUAUGUUUGUCCAGCCUGAUGCUCCGACACUCCUGCUGUCUGAGCAGGAAGGGGGUGGGGAGGGCACUGCUGAGACACUCCUGACACACUCCUCUAUCCUGACCAGUGAAUUGCCCGUGACAAUGAAUCAGGAGCUGAUGUGUCAGGGCAACUUGUCUGCCACCGAAGAGAUUAGCUAAUUAUUCAACCCUAAUCGUAGGAGCUGCAGUGGGUCUAAAUGAAAUGCAGAGUUGUACUUCACUGUGUUACCCAACCUCUGUUUUCAGCCUGGGGAUUUACUGUACAGGAAGUGGUCAUAUCAGUGCUGGCUCCACACCUCCUGAGAACUUCUCCUUGAUCAGAUUUUGUUCAAGUGUUUUGCCUUAUUUACAGUUGCAUCAGACUGUGCUGUGGGCUUUUAGAGCAGCUCAACAGCUGCCCCCUUUAGCCAACGGGCUUCGUGCCCAGUGUGUACAGGAUCGCUGACUGGUGGAAACGGCAUUUGUUUUUGCAAGGAAGAGGUGGUGACAUGUCCAGUUAAUCAGUGAGUGGUCGCAGCUCAGGGAACAGAGCAGGUGGUUUUACAUGGUCAGAAGGUUGUAUUUACUCGUCUGUCUUUCUUUCAUGUGUGGACACUGGGUAGGGCCAGUGACAUUUUUAGUGUGGCUUGAGCCAAAGAUAUCCUUCAUCAUCUCUCUCUGAUGACACGGUUUCGCUCUCACUUCCUGCAAGACUAUAGAACUCAUCUUGACGCAUGUGCGGUCCAGCUUGCAAUCUAUCUAUUGUAUGGACUUUACUCCAUAUAUAUCUUUACUUGACAAUGCUGUUAUACUAGUUAACAAAUACGUCCUUCAUAUACAGAAUGCAUAGUACAGCUACUUGCUUUAGGAUUGGUAAGGUUUGUUUCAGGUACGUUCGACCUGAGACGCGUCAGAAGUAUUAUUGCAGAUUAUUAAAAAUUGAUGCCACCCUAUAUCAUUCUUUCUCCUUUGGGUGCUCUCUGACUGUGAUUAAAGCACAAGUGGAUAGCAUGUGAUACAUCCUCAAAGCAUGGACCCUCUUCACCCAGCCCACAGUACCUACAGGGCAAGUAAGGCGUUGCUACUCUGCUUACUAACACAUGUAGAUAAAAAAUAUUUACUAACAGUUGAUAAACUAUUGAUUCUUAGCAUAAAAUACAAGUACAGAUUAAGAACACUGUUAUUGAUGUGAAUGAGAUGCAGGUGCUUCAGUGGAGAGGAUGAUCAAAGUGAAAGUAACUGUGAGGUUUACAAUCUGCUUUGUUACUACUCCCAGGUGAUUUUUUUUUUUUUUUUACAACAAAAUUAUUUACAAAAUUAAUUAUUUAAUGCCUCUGCUGUUGAUCCUGUUUGGGUGUCUGUGUGUGUGUGUGUGUGUGUAUGGGGGGAAUCCCUUUCCUGUUGUAUAAAUCAAAUCCUGUAUACGUUUGAUUUGCUGUGUCUGAGUGAAAAACAAUGUUUUCUCAGAUGAAGAGAAAAAAAAAGAUAAGCAAAGAACACUUAGUUUAUUUAGUCUUUGGAGUUCCUGUGUCUUAAUAUUUUCAUCUACAGGGAGUGGGGAGGAAGUUUAAGACUUAGAGGGAAAGUCUGCAUAUUUGCUUUCUUGCUGAGAGUUAAAAUGAGA